AUGGCUGGGCUCGCACCAACUUGGCUCAAAAUUAUUCUUUGCUGCCUGAUCUGGGUGACCGCCGCUCGUCCUUCUGAGCUUGAAGCUAUACUCCGCAAGAAUCCGAGGGAUCCCAUCAGCCUCUGGAAUGAUAAUUCAGAUGGGAUGAAGGCUGUCGAUUGGGAUUGCUCAGCGCGCGCAGAGCCACAGGACUUUGCGGACGAGUUCACCUUUUCGAAUCGUCCCUAUUCCGAUCCACUCGGGGAGAUCAUCAAGCCGCAUCCGGUCUCAAACUGCCAGCCACGGUUGACUGAUAUUUCUGCUAAUGUGGCAGCUCACGUUGGGCCGAUGGAAUCCAGGCCAUCUGAGGAGAAAGACGGACAUGAUGUUGCCUACGACCAGGGAGCUGUGUCAUAUUACAGAGAAGGAAUAGGAUCAAAGAGGAGAUUGAUCCAGGCUGCAGCGAAACCCGUGGCGCACCACAAGAGCUCCGCAACCGAUGGGGGAGCCGCUCCACAUCUGAUCAGUCGAUUAGCAUUGGGGGGGAAUGAGGAGCAAAUUAAUCAGUUUCUCCGCUUGCAAGGAUUUCUUCCCGACGCGGAAAACGAGGCACAUUCUGAGAACGCCGGAAUGCUUUGGCAAACCGGGCAGCAUGACAGAAAAGGAGUCGGAUCGAGCGAAAUAGUGCAGGUUUCUCAACAACAUCACCCGCUCAUCCACCCAGCCGAUUCUCCCCUGCAAACUGAGACGCCUUCUGAGAGGUCCCAGACCGCUUCGGAAACCGAGGCCGAUGUUGGCGAACGAGUGAGACCCAACAAAAGGCGGAAAGUUAAUCAACCAGUUCAGUCUCAGACGACUAUCGACCAGGUGAUCGAGACCCCCACAAUACCUGAGCCGCAGCCGCAAAGCCCUAUUGAUCCCACGUCAGACCCCGGAAAUCAGGCAAAUAAAAAACAAGGACCUAAAAAUAAGAAGGGAGAAAAAGCGACAUUAUUCCCUGGGUGUCCGCAGAUGAGCACUCUCGACAACCGUGUGCAGAAUGCCCUUCCUCACCAGGACUCCUCAGCGAAAGAAGAAUUCAGGAUGAUCAGAGAAAAGUUCGAUGAAAAGCACCAAGAGAUAUACAAACUGUACACCGAUUCACUGAUAUGGUCGUAUACGGAGACCCUCACGGAGGAGCUUGGGGGUUUAGUGAUGAUCGUGCGCAGGUAUGGGCAGCCAGAGAAGCAUGGAGGACGGUAUCUUUGGAACGCCCGGAUCCGGCUGCCUCUCCGCACGAGAAACCAACAGGAGAAGGGAUACAGUCUGGCCCGGAGGAAGAUUGACACGCUCCUAGAGCUGCUAAACUGGUACCAUAACCUAUUUUCUCUGAACGGACUGGACCGAGAGAUCUUGGGCAGAGAGGAGGGAAACCAUGGCAAGCUACUCCAAUGGUUCUACGAGCAGUUGUUCGUCGACACGGACGACCACCCGCUGCUCCUCGGCGAGGCGAAAGUGGGCGGCCAAGAGCCGAACCCGAAGAAGACAUUCACGACGGCCCAGAAGCGGCUAUACGAGACGCUGGUCGGCACCGCACGGCUGGCCGGGCUCGAGGCUGUCCGGCUCGCAUUCGAUCUGCUCGAGCUGUGGUACAGGGCCGAAUUCUCAUCCCUCUCGACCCGCCCGUUCUCCGCUGUCGACUACCCGGCCCAGCUCCUUCAAGCCGUCAGGAAUUAUCCGCCAAGAUACCCCACGCACAAGAUGGCCAAGCAGAGAGUGCUUCAUUGA